AAUUUUCAUCAUGGAUUCCUCACCAUAUCUGGAUCGUUAUCGUCAGAUCGGCGCGCUCGAUCAGCAGAAGAAUCAGCUCAUUGAGGAACUCCUUCAACGAGUCACCGAUCUUGAAAACUCUUUCCAGCGCGAGAAAUUGGACCAUGAACGCGAGACACGUUUCAACCGGGAUAUCCAGCUGCAUGAAAUGGAGCUCAUGCAACAGAUAUCCCAGAUCAAAAAUAUAAUGGACCGCGAACCGUUUGUUGUGGUACUCCUAGAUGGCGAGGGUAUAAUCUUCAAGGACGAAUUCUUGCAGUUGGGCGAAGAGGGUGGCCGAAAUGCCGCUACUCAGUUUUACACGGCCAUGCACACAUAUCUGUUGAAAAACCUCCCGAGCGUCAAUGUGCCCAAGAUAAUACUCAAGCUUUACUUGAAUGUGAAGGGCUUUACAGACACCUGUGUCCGGAGUGGGAUUCUCGCGGAUCCUUCGACGGUCCCUGAAUUUAUUCGCGGGUUUAAUGAGACCAUGUCAUGCUCGGAGAUUAUCGAUAUUGGCUGCGGCAAGAACAGGGCCUAUGAUAAAAUUCAAGGUUUGUGGCAAGAGACAGACUGCGCUUACGGUGGAGACCCACGAGCUAAUUAUUUCCUGUUUUUCUCCCUUGCAGAGAUGUUCCAGGUCUUCCUUUACAACUGCCAUUGCCACCAGGUCUUCGUCGGUUGCGCCUCAAAUACCGAAUACGCCCAAUUCCUCGAUGAGACAUUGAAUGACGGAGAUCUUACCGGGCGUGUGUCGCUUGUGGAAGGUGUGACAUUUGACAAAGAAUUGGAUGCGGUGAAGGGAUCAUUUCGGACUGCCAAAUUCCCCGAGGUUUUGCGUUCAUCCAAGGUGGCACCUAUUUAUGUGGCUCCUUGGAAGAGCAGCCUGCCUUCUCGGUCCUUGCUCACCCCAUCACCGUCGCAGCAGCUACAGAACCCUCCGCCCUUGUCCCGCACAUCCACCAACACCAGUGCUUCAGGCCUAGGCGCACAACCGUUAGCGUCAACACCGAAUACAAGCAACGAAUCCCCCGACUUCCAGAUUGUUCGCUCCAAAGGUUCUGGGUCGACGCCUGUCAAAUCAGUGGAACGAAACAAAUACGGACAGCGAGUGGACCGUCUAGAUUUCAAGAGCAUCCCUCGGGAUGAUCUGAAUCGAUUGAAAAAGCUCAAAUUGUGCAAUUAUUACUUCCUUCUUGGGGAAUGUCCCAACGAGGAGAAUUGCUAUCAUGACCACGAUCGCAAAUUGACCAGGCAAGAACUUCAUAUUCUGUCUGCCAUUGCGCGGAUGACCCCCUGUCGCUUUGGACUGGAAUGUGAUGACCCUGAAUGCAUUUACGGCCACCGAUGCCCGCAGAGUGAACCGGGCAAGAAGACCUGCUUCAGAGGCGAUAGUUGUCGCUUUGAGCCCGUGGCUCAUGGCAUCGACACCAAUAUCGUCAAGGUGACCAAGAUCUAG